AUGGUCGGCCAACGAGCGCAGAAGCUAUCGGCGCAGCUAAGGGCUACCGCAGCUUGCAUUGCAGGAUUUGUGGACUCAAUACAGGCCGUGAGCGAUUAUGCAAAUAAUUUAAAAGGAGCUGCUCGGGACAUGGGAGUCUGUAUGACCAGAGUCUGCAUGCGUGAACGAGCUCUGGAGCAUCGGAUGAGAGCAGUGGCAGAUGCACUGGCAGCAAUCUACAAGGCCAACCAACGGGCAGCUUAUUGGAAGCAGAGGACCGCUGAACUAGACAAGAGUGCCGCUAAACAUGUGAGAACACGGAAAGGCCGACCCGAUCCAGCUGCUGUCUCUGAACAACGUCAACUGUGCAGUCAGGUUCUCAGUGAACAGCGUACCCAGUUUUCGUUUUUCAUUGGAACUUUGAUGCCGGUUCUUACGGCUGAAAUUUCUCUACUCGAUGAGGGCUCGCAUAUUCGGCAGGUGGUCGAUAAUCUAGAUAGUACAGUCAAG